UUAAAACAUCGAUGCUUUUAUGACUACAUUCUUGUAGUGACUGGUUACAAGACUGGCUAUGCAGGGGACAACAGAGGCGGCUAUGGUUAUGGAACUGCAACGGAUGCUGCUGCCUACCCAUCAGGGCGUGAUCUGUAGCAGAUUAUACAGCUGCGGGCUAUGGAAGCAGGGCCCCAGCAGGGCAUUACCCGGCAGGAACCUGGGGUACCGAUGCUGAUCAUGUGGAUAACGUUGCAGGCCGUGGAGGCAGCACUGGACGUGACACUCGUACCGGUGUCGAUGCCGCAGGUGGCUAUGGCACCAGCACCGUUGGCAACUAUUGUUGAAAUUGGGCUCUGUGUUCCCUUUUCAAAUAAGGGCUCGUUUGUGUGUUUAGAGAAGUUUGGUGUGUACGUGGGAGUAUCUUCCUGCUUUGUUGCAGUGGUGAGAAUCGUUUUCUUGUCACUUAUCACUGAAUAAAAAGUGGGAAUAAUUAAGGAGAAAAUUGUGUUAUUAAUUUAAAUCUAAUUUUUGUGAUCACUACGUGAUAACUAUU